AUGAGGUUCGCUACGGCCGUCAUCGCCUUCCUCUCUGCCGGCCUCGCGCCGGUCGGUGCCAGCGUCCUGGUCCAGAGAGACCAGUCCGUCAUCGUAAAUGACGACCUCAAGGUCCCCGGCGACUCGCCUUUGGAGCUUUGCCCCAAGUCCCACGACGACGAUAUCGUCAAGAUUGAGAGUGUCGACCUGGCCCCGAACCCCCCUCAGGCUGGCAAGGAGCUUGUCAUCAAGGCCUCCGGUACUGUCAAGCAGCCCAUCGAGAAGGGCGCCUACGUUUUGCUGCAGGUCAAGUACGGCCUCAUUCGUCUUAUCAGCACCAAGGCGGACCUGUGCGAACAGAUCGAGAACGUCGACCUCGAGUGCCCCAUCGAGAAGGGUACCCUGAGCAUCACCAAGUCUGUCGAGCUCCCCGCCGAGAUCCCUUCCGGCAAGUACACUGUCUUCGCCGAUGUCUACACCGGCGAUGACGUCCCCAUCACCUGCUUGACCGCCCAGGUUGUCUUCUCCCGCAGCAACAAGCAGAGCUUCUUCAGCUUGGAUCUUUAA